GUAACUAAACUUCAGGCUUUGCUCAGCUCGUCCGUGUUUCUCAGGAGAGAAAUAAAAGUCUUCAUCAUCUUCAUCAUCUUCAUCGUCGGGUUCUGAUCCGCAGAGCGCGCCAGGAUGAACGCGGCGAUGUGCGCGGUGCGCAUAGGAUGUGCGCAGACCCUCCGGCGACCUCUGAUCGCUUCCGUGUCCCUGGUCCAGAGGUGUCCUCAGUCCACACAGUCCGUCCCCGCCGCCCGGCUGCCGUACCGAACCAAGCUGUCUGCGGGGAAGAAGUACGCCUGGUGUGCGUGUGGUCACAGCAAAAAACAGCCGUUCUGUGACGGGACUCACGUGACCAAAGCCCCGGGCAUCUCGCCGGUCCGCUUCACGGCCGACAAAGACAAGAAGGUUCUGCUCUGUGCCUGCAAACAGACCGGGAACGCUCCGUACUGCGACGGCUCGCACCUGAAGGUCAUCUUCAGGGACGUGGUGAAGUCCGUCAGAGGGCUGUUCAAGUGAYGUCGUCCAAAUUUAAUUCUCUUGUUUUGUGACAAAUAUUCUCUAUAAAUCCAUUAAAUGCCUUGAAGUGUU